AUGAAGGAUAUAAAAAUUGUUGGUGACAGAGUAAUUAAAUGCACUUCUCUCCAAGAAGCACGUAAUUUAGAAUACGUGCAAAACAAAGUAUCUUGUCCCAAGAUCUAUGACUAUUACACAAAGAACUCCAAGUUCUACAUUGAAAUGGAGUAUAUUCCUGGAAAGACGUUGUGUGAUAUAUGGCCAGAAUUGAGUGAAGAGCAGAAACAGAUUGUUACAGAUAAUAUUCUAAAUGAGUUGAAUAAACUAAGAAAAGAAACAUUAAACGAAAUAUGUGGAAUAAAUAAUACUGUUAUUGACGACCCAUUGUUUGAACAAAUGAGAUUUAAAUCGGAAAAAGAGCUAAACAAACAUAUCUCGUCAAUGGUUCAAACCAGCAAAAGGUCAAAUAGAUUGAUAUAUGAGGUUUUGCCUACUGACAGCAAAAUCUGUCUUUCUCAUGGAGAAUUGAGCUAUAACAAUAUUAUCGUAAGAGAGAAUUUAGCUGUGGUAUUCAUCAAUUGGCACUGUAUGGGUUUUCUACCUGAGUACUGGGAUUUGAUGAAAGCUUUCAUCUACAAUUCCAGUAAUGAUGAAGUUUCUGCACGUCUUGUAUUUCAAGACCAUGUUGAUAAGAAUGCCAUAAUGACUUUUAGUUAUGUUUUGGAUUUAGUGAUGCUUUCAAGUUCAAUGUAUAGUGGAGAAGUAGUGAAUGAGCUGGUGAAUAGCUAA